UUUCAUCACUGUCAGCUAUUGUUGCUGUCAUGACGGCGUAACCAUGGCGACAACUCAGUCCCCCCUGUCCCCGCUCUUUGGUCAGGUCGAGAGCAGAAUCAUUGCUUGUGGAAUUCCACUUGGUCUCGAGAGAGUGCACAGUUAUCGGCAAGCAUGAUUCAAAUUCCUGUGGGGGAGCAGGAAAACUAGGGAGGAGUAAACUCUCCCUUUGUGUGUGUGUGUCGUUCAGGUGUGUGAACCCCACCUAUAGACAGUGGAAGGUAGGAACGUGUGAGAAGGGAUGCAGGAGACGUCCACGUGGCUACACAUCGAGUCCAUCCAUGCAUCAACAGUGUGUGUCGUGACAAAACUGAGUCCGUGGUAAGGAUUUGUGGACACAUAAGGAGGAACCAAAUUCCUGGUGUGCACUUCCAAAAUGAGUCCAGCCUUUUCACCUGAAGAUCACAAAUUGGCCUUUCCACUCCUCCUCCUCCUCCUCCACAUCCCUUUCACAUGUUCAUCUCAGUCAUCGGCAACAAGCAACAUCAUCAAUGGGAGUUCUUCGGCAAACUCCACCAAGGCUAUUCCGGGCUGUCGCCCAGGACUAGAUCCUGUCUAUAGGUACUUGUGUGACCGCAAAGCCAUGUGGGGCAUCAUUCUGGAGACCCUGGCCUCCGCCGGCUUCCUCUUCAGUAUGUUCCUCCUGCUGGGCCUCCAUGUUUGGUCCCUGUGGAUCUGCAUCUCCUUACGGCAGCAACGCAGCCACAUAGGAGGAACGGUGGCCUGCAUGUCCAUGUUCUUGUUGGCCACUGCCGGCAUCUUUGCCAUCACCUUCCCCUUCAUCAUCCAGCUCGGCCCUCAGACGUGUCCCACCAGGCUCUUCCUGUUCGGCGUCUUCUUCGCCUUGGCCUUCUCCUGCUUGCUGGCUCGCGGCCUCGCUCUGCUGGGCUUUGCGGCCGCUCGAGGUUGGGGCGAGCCCGCCAUGGCUUUGGGGCUUUUCAUCGUGCAGGUGAUCAUCGCCACAGAGUGGCUGGUACUGGUCUUGGUGCGGGAUAAGAAGCCGUGCGAGUACAGCCAGGAUGAGUUUGUCAUGCUGCAGAUCUACGUCCUGUGCCUCCUGGCCAUCGGCGUGAUCCUCUCCUUGCACUUCUUGUGUCGGUCCUGCUUCACGUACAGCUACACCUACGCCGGCGCCAUUCACCAGCAGAGCCGGCAACAGGCCGUGCUCCUCUUCCUCACGCUCUUGCUCUCCGCCGCCAUCUGGGUGGUGUGGAUCGUAAUGCUCACCAGAGGGAACGUCAAGCUGAAACGACGGCCGCAGUGGGAUGACCCGGUGCUGGCCGUGGCACUGGUCGCCAACGGAUGGGUGUUGUUGAUGGGACACGGCUUGUCGCAAGUUGCCUUCCUGUGCAGGGGGGAGGCCAAAUCCAAAGAGGUGCCUCUGAGCUUCGCCGGCUGGACCAGCCCCAGCGCUGACAUCCCGGGGUUGAACAGUCCGAAGGCGGGAACAGAAAACGGAAGCUUCGAGAACGAUCCGGAAAACCGAAGAGGCAGGCGACACGAUUCGAAACUGCGAUCGCCCUACGAGUCGGGAUUCUCUAUGACCGACAUUGACCCCAAUAAAGACUAUAGCAUCCCUCGCCCUCAGACCACCAACUACAGAGAGCCAUAUGAUGAAUAUUAUGGACGAAUUUAAAAUUUCUCUUCUGCACAUGAACACAAAUGAAUGCUGCUUGACUUGGGA